AUGACUGUUGGUAAACAAGAAAAAACUUUAAUACAAGAGGAUUUGAUGCUACCAAUAUAUUCAACUGAUAUGGGAGCUUAUCAAUUCGAUACAUUUGAGAAUCCUGGUGGAACACCACCAUAUUUUCUUUUGUUCAUCAAUGUAAACAGUAGAAAAGGUUAUGCGUUCCCAAUGAGUGAAAAGAACUCAAACAAUGUUCUAAGUGCAAUGCAGAAGUUCAUUUCACAAGCUACAGGUGAAAUGAAGCCUACAAUACUUACUAGUGAUGAAGACCCAGCUUAUACGACACAAAAUGUUCGAGAUCUGUUGGUCAGUCAUAACAUUGAGCACAUGACGACACAGAAAUACAAUCAUAACAUACUAGGUAUUAUUAAUAGGUUCUGUAGAACUAUUAGAACUAUGUUACAUAUGAAGUUAAACCUCAAAGAAGGUGAUAAAACACCACCUUUCACUGCAGAUACAAUGAGACAAAUUAUUAAUGACUACAACACUGAAUAUCAUUCAAGCACACAACAAAAGCCUGAUGAUUUCACAGAAAAGGAUAAUGAGGAAUAUAUAAAGAAGCAAAGAUUGAAAGAAGAGUAUGUCAGAAAAAAUAACCUUUAUAACUUAAGACCUGGUCAAAAAGUUCAAGUCAUAGUUGAACCAAGAACAUGGGGUAAAGGUAACCAACAAAGAAGACAUCUUGAUCCUUCUUAUUAUACAGUUGAUUCAGUUGAUACAAGUGCAUACUUGUUAAGAGCAAAAGAUGGAAGUGUUGCAAGAUAUCCACGUUAUCAGAUAUGGACAAAAAUAGAGCAUGGAUUAAAGCAAGGAGAAACUUUAGAUCAAGGAAGACACGGUGCUGUUAAAAGUAUUGAUGGUCAUGAACUUGUCGGUAAUGAUGUAAAGUAUGAUGUUACGUUUGAGAACGAAAAUACAGGAAAAGUGACAGGUAGAGGUAUGCGUGAAGGUAAUCCAAACAGGUUGUCACAAAUGGAAGUACAGUAUUGGAGGAAAAAUAUUAAUGAAGGUCAUGUUAAAGAUAUGCCUAGUUUUCUUGAGAAGUAUCGUGGGUUUCGAGUUUAG